AUGUCUAAGGAACUCUCCUCUCCUUUGCUACCAGCUGUUAUUGAAAAUGACGAUGAUUCUCACUCUAUCGGGGAUCAAACCACCAAGAAAGUGAAAUUUAAAGGCGGAGUUGUUGAUGCUUCGGGCGGGGUUGAAGAUGUCUCGGAAGAUAUGGUUGUUGAACCUAAUCUGACAUCAAUGCUCUCGUGGAAAGAUAAGUUAUUUGGUGAAAAUCCGAAUAAUCCCAUGAUGGAUUGUAAUGGUUCUUCCUUUGGAAGAGUCAAUACAAGCAAUAAUGAUUUUGAUUUACGAGCAGACGAUGUGCAAACGUCCAUCAUCAAUGGAGUUCCGACCAUUAAUUUCUCUGACCGGGUUAAAGAAAUCCUGUUCAAAGAAAUGGAACUAACUUUGGUUAUCAAACUCUUAGGGCGAAAUAUUGGCUAUAACACUUUACUAAAUCGCAUUACUAGUCUUUGGAAACCUAUUUCCCCGAUCCACCUCAUGGAUAUUGAGAAUGGUUAUUAUCUGGUGCGAUUUGUGAAUAAGGCUGACUAUGAUCGCCUCCCGGGGUUUUUGUUUCGUCGACAAAUUGUGGAGGCUAUUGGGGGGCUUAUCGGGAAAGGGGUCAAAUUAGACUUUCAGACAGACAAUAGGUCUAGAGGUCGCUUUGCUCGCCUCGGAGUGUUUUUAAACCUCAAGAAGCCCCUGAUUUCUCAAGUCCUGGUUGAUGGCGCCGUUCAGAGAGUGGAGUAUGAGGCACUCCCUACUGUUUGUUUUGGCUGUGGUAAAUAUGGUCACGUAAAGGACUUAUGCCCGACUAAGGUUGAGGAUCGUACCUUUGAACGCCCAUCAGAGUUGGUGACUGAUAGGUCGGAUGCGGCUGCUGGUGGUGUUGUUGAAGAAACGGGACCGGAGUGUGGUCCAUGGAUGUUAGUCAAGCGUAGAUCCUGGCGUGGUUCAAGGAAUGGUCAAAGCAUUGCCGGAGCAAACAAGGGAUUGAUUAACGAACCCAAAAUUCGAAAGGAGACAUCAAAAUCACGGUUUUCAGUGUUAAUAGAGGGGGAUAAGAAUCGUAAUUUUCUUGCUGUUAAUGAUGAUAAAUUGUCGGUGGAAGAUGCUAAAAUGACUGUUGAAGGUGUGGGCGUUUUAAUUACUAAGGCUGGGGAUAAUAAUUUGGGUAAUGUGGAUUUAUCUGCUGGUCCAAACAGCAAGCCCAUUUUGGGCAAUGGGUCUUCUAAGGAAGCUAUAAUGGCAGACUUGGAAUUAAUGGUUUCGGGCCGUCUAGGAGAUGGUCCUGGGGGUUCUUCUGUCCCCAUUUCUGAUGGUAUUUUAGACCCUGGGAAACAUUCUGCUAUUAGUUUUAAAGAUACUUCUCACAAGAAAGAAAAAAAUAACUCGGUCAAUAUAACCUGGGGGAAGAAAGGUGAUGGUAUUCCUAUUUCUAAAGAGAGACACAGAGGUAAAGAUUCUUUUGGGUGUAAUAGUCGAAAAGCAUCCAAUGUGUUACGUGGCCGGGGAGGUCGAUUCAAAGCUUCCGGAAACUUUAGAGUACCGUUAGUUGAAUCCAUAGAGGAAAUGGCUAAACUCAUUUCAAAUUUGAAUCCUAGCAAUGACAUCAACUCUGUCUCAAAUGGCGCGGUCUUGAUCACGAAUGGGGGUACUGUCAAUCGACACAAUAAGUUUCCUCGUAUUUUUCGGGAAUAUAAUCGGGAAUAUAAGCCUGAUAUUAUUAGUUUGCUUGAGACAAGGUUUAUUCUAACUCACGUGGGAUCUACGUCUUCCACUACUGUUGUUUUCAUCUCUUUUAUCUAUGGAAGCCCUAAUAGGCAAAAGCGAAAGGAUUUAUGGGACACCUUGAAACGGUCGAUCCCAAUGGAGAAUUAUCCAUGGAUAGCAAUCGAAGAUUUCAACGCUAUUCUUUCUUCCUCUAAAAAAUUAGGUGGUAUGUCUAAAGGAAGACGUUGUCCGCUUUAUGGUGAUUUUGUGGGAAAGGCUGAGCUUCAUGAUUUAGGGUACAGAGAACCCCCUUUCACGUGGCAUAAGGGUUUACUUUUUGAGAGGCUUGACCGGGCUCUGGGAAACAGUGCUUGGGUUCAGCGUUUUCCAAAUAGUUUGGUCACCCAUUUUCCAAAAAUUAAGUUUGAUCAUAGGCCUUUACUCCUAUCUUUAAAUCUUAAGAUUAUUCUUCCUAGAGGUAGACCUUUUAGGUUUUUGGCAGGUUGGGUUGAGCAUCCGAAUUUUUGGAAAAUUUAUUGA